AUGUCGAAACCUGUCGAGCGAAGGAAUAGCGUUCAGCUGAGUGUAAGCAGUACCGAACGUAGUACAUCCCUUGAGGAGAUUAUCAGCAAAAAGACCGAAGAAGCUUUCGCGGCAUUGGAUAAAAACAGCGAUGGAUAUGUGGAAGUGGAAGAUUUAGUGGAAUUUUUCAAGGCAGAAGGACGGAUGAAUCCGUUACAAUUGCGACUCUCAACGAUCACUCCGUUAUUCGGCAAGCGAUUCCACUGA